CUUCAAAUCAAUCCCUUCCCCAGUUCCUCUCCAUUUGUUCUCCCCAAAAAAAUGAUUUCCCUUUCUAAAUCGGCCGACAUCAAGGCAAUGAUAAAUUCCAAAAACCAUUGAUCUGCAUUCCAACGUCACAGCUUAAAAUUUUAUUUAUGGAACCCUGAGCUCACACUCGCCAAUCAAUAUUCCACCUAAAAAUGCACAUCAUGCCUCCUACAUUGAUAUCGAUCAGCCGCCUAUUCGUGACACACAUAUCGUCGGGUGGGUUCACUGUCUCAAUAAAUACCACCUGAAUUGAGCCGACAACAAUACCCCCUGUCUUCGGAAAUAUCGAUGAGUACCUGCAGUUUAACAACGCAAAUACAUUCCUAUCCAUUAAAACCGCAUCACGAGAGCCACUCUGAAUCGAUGAAUUACCGAGAGAUUGAAUCACCCCAGAUUCCCAUGAAUGAAUCACCAGAGUGACUCUCACUCUCGUUCCAAAAGGACAGAAUCACCUCAGAAAACUCCUGAAAAUUUCCCCGCGCAUCUCCCGCGGGAAAAUCGAUGCGCGAUUGCGCAAUUCGGGAGAGGACAUGACACCAGCUGGACCCUCCUAGCAUCUCCGGAAGUCUCAUUGAUAGGAAAAGUGUCUCGUCUUCACCGAAGGCAUGACAAGACCCCGUGACACUUGUCAAAUUUCACCCAAUCGUCAGGAAAAUCCGUCGAUUGCGUAAGAAUAUUCCAAUUCAGAGAUAAAAAAUUGCAGACAUGGGGACCCGGUCAGCAGCAUACACUCUCAAACUAUCCAGUCUCCACGAUUAUUAUCUGAGACUCCUCCAUGGAACUCAACCCACCCCCUCUGGCUUCGACAUGGCGAACACUGUGAAAUAUUUUUCUCAAACAUUGCUGUCGUUAUUGAAAGAGGUGAGAGAAUCCCCUCUGGAAAUGAUAAAAUCCCAGAAGUUUGAUGCUGAGCGGAUGGCGCUGUAUCCUAAUCUGGAUUACAAGCAGCUGUACAACGCUCUGACUCAGCUGAUCGACGUAUCCUCCUGUGUGCACAUCGGCCUUGCCGCUUUUGGCCAAGCGCUGCUGCAGUGCCUCGCGUCUCUGAUGCCAUUCCUGGAGCACGACCUUCUGGACAAUUUGCCUUAUCUGACGGCUAGCUCUAUAUCGGUCCUCCCACCUGAACUGCAUCAGGAAGUCGUCAAUCAUCUGUGCUUUUAUAUUCUUCCGUUUACGAUAACGAGAAAAACCCUCGACGAGUCAGAAAAUCACGCCAGCCAGUCUGUCUCGGCAGUCAUAAUGAUGAUCUUCCAGUACUCCACCAAUCCCGCGCAUCACUGUCAACUCCUAGAGUGUCUGAUGGCCCUGAAGCCAAACGUGGUGAAGGACAUUCUCUGUGUAGUGGCUUACGGCACAGCCCCGGCCAAGGCAUCAGCCGCAAAGCUCUUGUUCUACUACUGGCCGACCUUCAACCAGAAUCUGUUCGAUCGGAGAGCUGUCCUCAUGAAGAUCGCCAAUGAUCUGGCGCCCUUCGUCUGCCAGAGGAACUCCUGCCCGAAUUCCGGAAACGCUGAAGCCGGAAAAGUCUGCUACGAUCAUCGAAUAUCCAUAACUUUCGCCACGGAGUCACCACCGCCACUCUACUUGUGCAUCGAGUGUGCCAAUGAGAUUCAUCGAGGGUGUCCUAACGAAACGUUCUAUGAUAUACUCCAUCCCAUGCAGCAGGUCUCGAUGGUCUGCGAAAACAAGAAUUGCAGAGCAACUGACAAAUCGGCGAUAAGCGUCUGCUUCUCGACAGAGUGCGCAAGCUACAACGGAAACCACCCGAUCCGCUACUGCCAACAGUGCCACAACAUCAGGCACAACAACAGAAGAGGUGGAGAUCACGUCUUCCACCUGGCGCUGCCCCACAUAUCCGAGAUGGAUGACCAAUCGCAGACCUACCUGGUGCAGGCAAUAGUCAGCCUGCUUAAGGAGGCAGAACCGCUAAGUAUGGAUAGUAACAGAGACCCCUCCGAAUUAAAUACUAAUAAGGCCGGCAUAGGAUUCCCAGGGAGUGGUGUUACUGGUGCUAGUGGUAGUAGUGGAGUUGGUGGAAAAAUAGGACUUUGUGAUCCAACUACCCUCGAGGAACGACAACUACUCGGUCGCUAUGGUGUUUGGCUACUUGUUGGACUUUGUACUCCAAAUCGUGAUACACCGAUUGAAAUACUCGGACGUUUAUUAUCAAUGUUAUUUCAUUGGUUUCAUGUCACUGCGUACUCAUUCGAUGGUACUAAAAAAAGCCUUAUGCACCUUAUCUUUUCUGUUGGACAAGCUGAGAGCACUUUGGAGAAGCUUAAGACAGAGUAUGUUUGCGGGUGGCUGGCGGAAGUCAUGAAGACUCACUACAAAGUCUUCAUUUCUUGCUUGCUGCCGCAUCCAGCGGAUUACGUAAGAGUUGGCGGUCAUUGGGAAACGCUGGCCUCCAGGACUUCUCACCUGAAAGACGGCCUGAAUAGGCUCUUCUGUCUGGUUCCAUACGAAGUCAUAACAUCCGAAAUUUGGGACUACGUCAUGCCCCACUGGAUGGAGGCGAUGGUUAACGACGUGCCUGAGGAUGAACUCCACGAACUCAAGAUGAUCCUCUGCAAAAUCUUGGAUACGGAGAUGAGCCCCUUGGGCUUCGACGCCAAGAAGAUGUACAACUUCGUCGCGAAAAGAUUCAUCAAUACCAGCGCCAAGGUUCAGGAGCAGGCCCUCAACUGGCUGCAGACCUUGACGAUGCUGGAGAUCACGAUUCCCCUGACCCAGCUAUUUUCAAUGUUCAGCGAUGGUGUGGCUGUGAUGGGCACAACGAAUACCGCGGACUUCAAUGAGAAGCCUUACAGGGCAGCUAAGAACAGUGACAACGAAGAUCCGAAUAUGAUUUGUCCAGUCGUUGAGAAUGACUCGGGCCAGUCGACUCCACUGUCCGACGACAUGGCGCCGAUCGCCAGGCACAUGGAGUUCACGACUAACGCCGAGUUGAACCUGUCAUGUUGCAUCCUCAUGUUGGACAUUUUACUGAAGCAGAUGGAGCUCCAAGACAUUGAUAAACACACGGGCAUCAACACCUGGGUGUGUCGUGACGCCUGUCAUCUGAUGAAGUCAAUAGUCGCUGCCAACUGGAAUGACUGUCACUCUUGUAAAGAGGAGAGUGAAUGCACGUACUGUGAGUCCAGAGUAAUCUGGCAUCAGUUGUGUCUUCAGCUUGUCAUGUACCUCUGCCCGGAGAACCCAGCAAAUCCACCAGAUGUGAUCGCGGACGACUCCGCUGAGGAUCACGGCAGGAAGAGUCCCCCGGAGUCCUCGAAGAAAGGCGACUCAAAGCCGGAUGUUGUCAUCAACAUGCCCGUUGCGGAGAUGCACCCCGUCUCUGGGGUCUUGGUUCACAUGCCCCACGUUAGCAAGUUCUUCGAACAGAUCAUGACAGCAACAGUAGAGACAGUUUCCGAGCAACUGGAUCUUGCUGCUAUACUGCCGGCUGAAAAGGUCAUGUCGGCUGUUGCGCGUGCUGUUACAUUAUCAGAAACCGAUGUUGCAACUGCUACGGCCAACGUCGGCAAGGCCAACAUCAUCGGUGAGGAUGAUCAGCCAGUGAGUCCGACCUUAGAAGCCGAGACCGACGACUUCUGGCACACGUCAGUUGGAAAAUUUCGAUUCAACAUCGAAGAGCUGCCUGAGCAGCUUCAAUACAUCCAUAAACUCCUCAAGGAGAUCAUGACCGUGGACAAGCCAGACAUUCUCUACUACAUGCUGCAGUGCCUGAACAUCAUGGUCCUUCAUGGUGACGCCUUCACGACUGCGGUUAAGGAUCAUCAAGGCUUCUUCAUCUGGUGUCAGGAGAAUCUUCUCAUUAAGAAUCUUUGGGAACUCCUCAACGCAGAGCACUCUCACAUUGCUCAAGUGACUGUUCCCCUUCUCCUCCACUGUAUCACCCUCCAUUGCGGCACAGACACCUUCUGGCGACUUGUGCAGGAGGAAUUCCACAGUUCGGACUGGCGGGUUCGGUUUGUCGCCGUUGAGAGGGUGACCUUGAUAGCCAGAUUCAUGGAUUCCACACCUUUGAGAAGUGUCUUGACCCUUCAGGCUGCUCUGGCUAACGCCUUCUGCUAUUUGAUCAGCAGCAUGGAUGACAGCAAUGUCUAUGUUGCUCAGAGAGCUACUCUCAACCUGGGAACGAUCCAUGACACUGCCGUACGGAGCCUCAUCCUCUGCCUGGAGACUCAAUUCGAUUCAGUUAUUGUAGACAGACCGAUGGUCCUGCAAUCACUCUAUCAACUCCAUAACAGCUUGAGCGAUCGUAAGAUUCUCACGUGGGAUUUCUUCCUAAAUCGAUUCGAUGCACUUUUUCUCGAGGCUCAAAUCAGUCUCGAGAAAUCUGGGGAUAUCUCUUGCCUGCGAGACUUGAGGAAUACCGACCUGAACAGUGAUGCCUUCCUGCGAAAAUUGCAUCGCGCACAAGAGGCCCUAUCGCAGUCGGACGGUAGUGGCGCCAGCUCAGUGAAAACACUGAGCGCAAGCUUCGGCACAAAAUGGCCGUACAAGCGAACAAUGUCUGCCCCGGCAUCGAUGAUCCCCCGGCAAGACACAAAGCAAGAGAAGGAAAAAAUAUACAGUCGCCAGUACUCGGCGCCCAUAUUGAAGCGGAAGAGCUCGAGAUUUGGCUUGGGUCAGUUGCUGGGGUCAACCCCGACUAAUAACAGUUUACCAGAUGGGCACAUACACUCUCUGAAUAUGGUGGAUGAGGUCGGGGCUCUGCCAGGAUAUACCCAUAAGAUUGUGGAGUUGGAGGAGGCGGAUAAGGAGACCAUGCAUCUCCUCGUCUUCCUCUUCAUGCAGUUCUUGUCGAGGACCGAUCAGGCUUAUCCGACGGAUGAGAAGCCCCUGUCGAAGACCCAGGGUAUAGUUCUACGGCAUCUCUAUCUGCUUCUUGGCUACAACCAGACAGAAAGGACCUUUCAUCUGUCUCCUCAACGGCUUCGACUCUCCUCCGUCUUCAAUGUUUUUAUAGCUAACUUACCUCAGCUGUUGGAUCAGAACCACGUGAUGGGGUGGAUGAUGAUACCCCCGGUUAUAGCGAUCCUUCAACAUUGCCCGUGUCCACCGUCGAAGCUUCCGCCGAUCGAUCAUCAGUCGGUUUCGUACAGCUUGUGGUAUCUAGAACCCACUAUACGACGAUCUUGGCUGAUGUCGGUGUUGGUCAUUCUUUAUAAGUGCCAGUACGGUCAGCAGCCUUGGUGUACCCAGCUCCAGUCCUUGAUUAAGAUUGUUCUGAACACCUUGGACGCUCAACACCAUCAGUGCAAGCGAAUUCCGGCGAUGGUCGUCAUGGCCGGGCCACCGUCUCGAUCUAGAGAUGUCUCUCAGCCGUCCCUCGGCGCCGAGCACGACCUAAUCGGCGUAGCAGGUGAGGUCGACAGCGAGAGCCCACCAAUGCGCACCCAAAUAGUUUCCGUGCACCAACGGAGUCCCGGGCCCGUUCUGGGCCAGCCCCACACCAUGGAGACUCACUGGGAGGAGUCGGCGUCGCACUACGCGAACAAGCAAACAAGCUACUCCAUCAAUGCUGAUGAUACGGAGUCCGAGCUCGCUGCAAUACCCGAGAGUCCGAAAUCCGACAGUACUUUGCACAGUGGCUCCCUGGGGGAAUUGGAGGACAGUUCGGUUCUGGCGGGAAGAAGCGCCAACAUGAUGAUGAUGAUGACAAGGACUUCGGUGCCGGGGGGUCUCCUGACGCGGAUGGACUCGACGCCGGAGCCCGAACGAACCAAGAGCGAAGCCAGGCCCACGUGGUUCCUCGGCAACGAGGAGGACACCCACCAGGUAAGUCUCACUCCAUCCAAGAAUCAAGGGAAUAAAUCGGCGAGACUGGAGCGACUUUCUGAUGCGCCUCAGGGGAAGCCUUCAGUCCUCCAGAAAAAAUGGAGCGUUCAAGAAGGCGUGAAGAUGAUGGUCGCAAGCACGCUGAUAACCGGUCAACACGAGUUCAAGUCAAAGGUCUUGUCCAAGACCCAAAGCAUCCCCGAGAAGGCCCUUGCCCCACCCGAGCCCCCAGCUGACCCGAAGGGCAAGCUUCCGUCAACAAUUUCCGCUCUAGUACCGACCGUCGGUAUAGCCCGCCUCCAAAAGCAAGAGUCCACCCCUCCGUUCGAAAAGACCAGUCCCGCGUUGACCCCCAAGUCCGAGCACGGGGAAUCCCCGAGUGGCAAACAUCUCGGCAGACAGAAAAACGUCGAACAGACGCCUCCCCUGACCUCUCCAGUGUCACCGUGUCAAACUUUGACGGCUGGGGGGAGCGAUGACUCGAGCAGUCCAGCUGUGAGUUCCAUCUCCUCCCAGCGGACGUCGACGGACAACGGCCAGCACCCGGUGUGGAAUCCGCCGAGUCAGCAGAUGAUCACAACUCCGACGAUGGAGAGGCUUCUACCGAUAGGAACAUCAGCACGGUCUGCGCUCCAGCGACCCAACCCGAGGAUCCUGAGGUGCGAGGAGGCGUACGGCUCUCCGGAGUCUCCUCUCUCGAAGAUGGACGUGCUCACUGUGAACUCUUCCUUCGAGCAGGACAGCGAGACCUGCGCCUCGAGCGAUAUGGCAAGCCCGAGAAGCAUGUCGCAGCUGGAGUUCCCUAUGCCCGAGAGGUUGCUCCCCGUUGGCAUGAGCCGAGAGGGUGUCAGUGGUCUGGUAGAGAGGGUCAGGCAGGCCCUAGGUGUUCCGGAGUUGGUGGACAAUGCGCAUGCCGUCGAGGAGGGCCAGGGGAGCAGUCAGCCGCAGAAACAAGACAGCAUCGUUUCGGAGAAUCUUUCCCCGACGCCGGUAGCCACCGACGCCCCCUCCAGCAGGUGCGCCAGCCCCAGGAGACUCAUCAAACAGGUAGCUCUGGAGUCACCACCACCUGUCGUCGAAACCGACGACUUCUGCUUCAGAGUGUUGGACCACGAGAAGCGAGGGAGAUUGAGGGAUCACACUAGGGCCCAGAGGGACAGGUCAAGAAGGGUUUAUCCUGGGCCUAGUCAUCACGUCAUCGGGCCCACCAGGAGGAUGGACUCCUGGGUGGGUGCUCAGCCUCAUGGCACUAUGGACUCCUCAGCCCAACAGGCUUGUCACGCUGAUUUCAAUCUUAAACAGAGCACCUUCAGGGUGGGAGACGACUGCAUCUACGACAGGUGCUCUGAAUGUGGGACGAUUAAGGAGGAGUAUUCCGAUGAGGAACUGGGCUUGUGCAUCAUCACUCUGGGGACCUUCAUCCAUCGAGAGCCGGCACUAGCUGCUCCACUACUACCAGACAUCUUUGGAAUCGUCACCAAGGUCGCGCAAAACGCCAUCUACCCCUGGCAGACCGAGACCAACAUGCAUCUGCCAGGGGGUGCUGUCAGUGUUGCUCAUCAGUUCUUCAGGUGUGUUCUCCAUCAGCUAGCGCCCAAUGGCAUCCUCGUCCAGAUGUUCCAGACACACCUCAAUGACGCCACGAGAAUGCAGUUCUUCAAAAGUGUCACACAAGCGCUUGUCGAUUUCAAUGAGUUGAAUCCUAUUGCUCCACUGCAAUUGCUACUUGAGCCGAUGGUGCAGAAGACACCACUUCCGGUGGCCAAACUGCCAAUAAUGCUUCAUAAUAUCGCUUGUUAUUUGGACUGUCUCCCCCUGGAGGCAGGACUCGGACCCGGGGCCGCUACUUGGAGUGGACUUCUGGCCUCUUUCGAUGGGAUAUUCAAGAAACUUGUGCUUUUGUUGUCCUCCGUCGGUGACAUCACGCCAGUCUUGAGGAUUAUGAUGUCGAUUCUGAAGGUGCCGGGGAUUCAUCAGGUGAAGAGCAUUCUGGACAUGUUCGCAAAGGUCCUGAGCUACGCAAUCCAUCACUCAAACCUGAAGUACAGUUACUUGACCGAUCUAUCAUACCUCUGUCACCGGGCCUACCUCCGGGAGCGCGAUAAGCACUUCCUGGGUCGAACGAUAGUCUUCGAGCUAGUCCAAGCGAUGAAGUUCAAGUCGACGAUUCCAGACAACAAUUUCCUCCUCCUCCUCCAGUUCGUCCUGCAGGACGUGGGGGGCACGUUACCCUCGACCGUCGCCAUUGACGGAAUCCAAGGGGAAAUUACCUCUCACGUUUACAAUACCAAUGCCUCCGAGUCCCUCAGGAAUCAGAUUCCGGAGAUUCUGGACUUUCUCGCGGAUGUCCAUACCCUGAGCAAGAUCAAGAGUUACAGCAAGGGGAUGCAGGAGGGCCUGAAUGAGGACACCCUCGGCGGAAUCCUCAAGUGUGGAUUCGCCCAGUAUUUAUCGCUGGAGAUCACCCGGGGGAAUAACAGGGAGAACAGGGCGGUGGCGAGGCACCUCCCUUGGUUGUACAGCGCUCCCUCGAUGGUCCCGCAGGGAGCGCGCGAGUAUGUGGACACUAUAGGGCACAUUAGACUGCUGUCCUGGGUGCUCCUGGGGGCGCUGACGCACACCGCCAUGAGCUCGGGGAAUAGCUCCCACAGCCAUGGACCCCCGGUCUCAGUCGCCCAGCCCAUCCCCCAGGAAGUUUCUUGCCACAUUGCCGAUCACAUUCAGGUGAUCCUGUCGGGAUUCCCCGAGCAGAGCAAGGCGUCCGUUCUACACAUGUCCUCGUUGUUUCAUGCAUUCAUUCUGUGUCAGCUGUGGACCGUCUAUCUGGAGGAGAUAUCGAAGAACAAUUCGUCUAAUAGUGAGACCUAUAAUGUCACUAUGAAUAUUCUGGUGGAGUUCUGGGGAAAGGUCACACCGUCUAUUCUUCAGUUGGUUGCGACGUCCAAAGUGCUUGCGGAAAUGGUCAAUCUACAUUUUUUGAGUCUCUUGGAAGCCCUCCUAGAGUGUCAAUCUGUCCUACUCAACAAACUUCUGCCCCUCUGGAGUCCAAUUCUGUAUUCACAUAAUGCACAGCUGUCUGGCCAUCUACAAAUGCGCCUGCAAAACUGUCGCAACUUCCCGCCGGCUCGAAUGGCCGAACAGUUCAUAUCGACGAGACGAGAAUCGAACGCGGUAUUGCUGCGGUGGUUGCACAGGCUCCAAUUUAAGAUGGGCCAGAUCGAAAUGCAGUCGUCCACUGUGACCACCCAGUUCUAUUCAAUUUAAAUAGUCAAUCGAGAGUAACGAUGCAUUGGUGAAGAUUAAGUGUCCCGACACCAGGGCAACCUUGUAAUAUUAUUGAGUAUAAUAAAUUUAUUACCUGUUUAUCAA